AUGUACUGCAGAAGCAUGUGCUGCAAUCGCUGGUCCUCUGAUGAGAGGCUGGAAGGGAAGACUGUCAUCAUUACAGGUGCCAACACGGGCAUCGGGAAAGAAACUGCCAGAGACUUGGCGAGGAGAGGUGCUCGAAUCAUCAUGGCCUGCAGAGACUUGGAGAGGGCUGAGGAGGCAAAACAGGACAUUUUAGAAGACACUGGGAAUGAGAAUCUAGUCAUUAGAAAACUGGACCUGUCUGAUACUAAGUCUAUCAGAGCAUUUGCUGAACUGAUCAACAAAGAGGAGAAACAAGUCAAUAUUCUCAUAAACAAUGCUGGCAUAAUGAUGUGUCCUUACUCCAAGACUGCAGAUGGCUUUGAAAUGCAACUAGGUGUCAAUCAUUUAGGCCACUUCCUGUUGACAUAUCUCCUUUUGGACCUUAUCAAGCGCUCUGCUCCUUCUCGCAUUGUUGUGGUGGCCUCUGUGGCUCACACAUGGACUGGACUUCGACUUGAUGACAUAAACAGCGAGAGGAGUUAUGAUACUAUGAAAGCCUAUGGGCAGAGCAAGUUGGCUAAUGUCCUCUUUGCACGAUCACUAGCCAAAAGAUUGCAAGGCACAGGGGUGAGUGUGUUCUCUCUGCACCCGGGGGUGGUACAGUCAGACCUAUGGAGGCACCAGCACCAGUGUAUUCAGGUGGCAGUGAAGAUUUUUAGGAUAUUUACAAAGACAACAGUGGAAGGAGCUCAGACUACUAUUUACUGUGCUGUGGAGCCCGGUCUGGAGAGUCAGAGCGGAGGCUAUUUCAGUGACUGUGCUCCAACGAGAUGCUCCAGAGCCGCCUCCAAUGACGACUCUGCCCAGAAACUGUGGGAGAUCAGCUGCACCCUGCUUGGGAUCACAUGGGACUGA